AUGGCUUGGAGCUGGGCUGUGCUGUCCCUGCUGCUCCUGGCAGCCUGGAGUGUGGGUCCAGGUGCCGCCUUCAAGUGCUACACCUGUGAGACACCCACGGCUAUGUCCUUGUGCAAAAAGAUUACUUACUGCAAGCGGGGGGACACGGCCUGUAAGACCACCCUGGAGACGGUGGAGUCGGAGUACCCCUUCAACGGGAAGCCCAUGGUGACCCGCUCCUGCUCCAGUUCCUGCCAAGCCAGCGACCCCGACGGCAUCGGCGUGGCCCACCCGGUCUACUGCUGCUUCCACGACCUCUGCGGCCCAGCACUGGUGGUCACACACAGCACCAGGCCACACUGGGAGCCGCGCCCCUCAGGCCACGUGACGGACGGGCAGGACCCCAGGUCUGGUCGCUGGAGCUGGCUCUACCAGCGCUAUCUGCUGACCCCACGCCCCCCGGAGCCCAAAGGCCUUAGGAUCCUGGAAGCCCGGCAUUCGGACUCCUGCCGCCCCCUCGAUGGGCCCCCGGCUGCCCCUAUCAGCACAUGGAGCGGGGCGAGCCGCCCUCAAGCACCCUGCCCCCUGGGUACCGGGCUUAGUGGGAGUGGGAAGCAGCAGGCAGGGCCCAAGGGGCAGGGCCAAGCCCCUCAGGACCCCGCAGUGCUCACUUCCCCGUCCUCCUGGGGAGAGUGGAGCUGCCCCAACCUCUGCUGGGAGCCCCCAGCCGCCCUGGAGCGGCAGCAGGGAGACCAGGAAGCCCGCUGGGGGCUGACUGGCACUGGGGGCACCUGGGAGGGUCCGAAAAGGAGGACGACGGAGAACUGCUGUGUACCCGCCCCUCCCCAGGGCUGCCUGGGCAGUAAAGGAGAAACCUACUUCAGGGGAGGGGCAGUGGACAGCCACCACAUCCCGCACCCCCAUGCCCAGGGAGCAGGGCCCAACGUGAGGGUGGGGGGCUGUGAGGAGCAGCACCUCGCCUUGGGACACACGAUACCCCAGGUGGGACACGCCCUGCUCGAGCCUCAGUUUCCCCCUCCAUGA